AUGCCUCAAAUGGGAUUUGAAAUGGGAGCAAAAAGAAGAAGAAGAAGAAGAACAACAACAACAACAACAAUAUUCUUCUGGUUCUGUUUUCUGAUCAACAUUUCACUCGCUCAAUACGUUGGCUCCUCAUUGUACACGGCGAUGUCGGGCUACAAUGGAAUGAAUGACAUGUGCAGAUACAUUUCAUGUCCAUUUGGUCAAUAUUGUUUUAACGGGAAUUGCGUAACGAAUUCGGCUUUGUUAACGGGCGGCCUAGGUGGCUUAGGCGCUAUGAAUGGGUUGGGCGCGUUGACGAACGCCGCCGCGCUGUAUUCUGGGAGAAGUGGUCUUCUCGGUGGAUUUGGUGGUUAUGGCGGUGGUCUUGGGACGAUGAGUGGGCUGGGCACGGCUGGAUACGGUGGAUACGGUGGAUACGGUGGAGUCACGUCGCUGGGAUCAGCGGCUGGCAUUGGUGGGGUUUCUGGGAUUUCUCCAUGCAACUUGAUGCAACAAUGUCUAAACGGGCAAAUCUGUGUGAACGGGUAUUGUGAAAAGAGUAACGUGGCCUUUGCCGGGAGUCAAGUGGCCCCACAACAGACAACCUGUAUGACGGGCGCCGUUUGUCCGGUUGGCGAGUUUUGUAUGGGUGGCGUUUGCAUGAAAAACCCGAUGAGCACAACGUUUGCGUGUCACAAUGGUAUUUCGUGUCCUCCAGGGAUGAUUUGUCAAUUGGGAAGAUGUCUCGCCAAUGGUUUGCCCUUUUUCGGGAUCGGCAAAAAGAAA